CGGCGAUCCAGACAUCUGCAACCCACGCCUCCCACCCAAACUCUCGAGGUAAGUCAGAAACCGGCAUCCCUGCUGCAUCACGCAAUUCGGGACGAGGCCAUGACCUCUCCACGGACUGCGGGGAAUCCAGUCAAGGGCCGUCAGAAUUCCACGUUCUUCCACCGGCCCCCCUUUUUUUCUUCCUCAGCGGCGCAGCUCCAGCCAACCAGCUGGCGGCCUGAGGCAGGCGCCCCGAGCCAGCGGUGCGCCCGAGGCAGCAAGCGGCUGACGUAACACCCCCAGACCCCGUGACCGCCGGUGCCCCUCCAGCAACAAUGUUCUCCCGAAGCCUGAGGUCAACAACAACCCCACUUUGCUCGUCCUUCUCUUCUCGUCCCCUCUUCUCCUCUCUCAAUUGCAAUCCUUCUUUCCUCUCUCUCCGUUCUUUCCAUCAAACGACCGCAGCCAUGUCUGGAAACACCAAGGCCUUCUUCGACAUCCAGUACGCCCCUGUGGGCAGCUCUGCCCCCAAGACGUCCCGUGUCGUCUUCAACCUGUACGAGCAGGACGUCCCCAAGACCGCGAAGAACUUCCGUGAGCUCUGCAAGGCUCCUCAGGGCCAGGGUUACAAGGGCUCCAGCUUCCACCGUAUCAUCCCCAACUUCAUGCUCCAGGGUGGUGACUUCACCCGCGGCAACGGUACCGGUGGUCGCUCCAUCUACGGCGAGAAGUUCGCCGAUGAGAACUUCAUCUUCAAGCACACCAAGCCCGGUAUCCUCUCCAUGGCCAACGCUGGUCCCAACACCAACGGCUCCCAGUUCUUCAUCACCACCGUUGUGACCUCUUGGCUCGACGGCAAGCACGUCGUCUUCGGUGAGGUCGCUGACGAGGAGUCCUUCAAGAUCGUCAAGGAGAUCGAGGCUCUCGGCAGCAACACCGGUGCCGUCCGCUCCAACAUCAAGCCCACCAUCGUCGACUCCGGUGAGUUGUAAGUUUGAGGAAAAGAAAAAACACAAAAAGCACCAUGUUCGAUAAAGUGGAAAAGAUGUGUGCCCUGGACGGACCUCGCCUGUGGUUCUCUCGAAAGGGAGGAGCCUGGGUGAGGUGACGGUGGUCUUCUCGUGUUCAUUCUUCUUCUCGCGUGUGGUGUAACUUUAGAGUGUCUACCUUGAUCAAACGAAUUUGAUGUUGUACUUGGA